GUGACAGCGCCGACGACGUGGCCUGUUCUGACCAGUGGGUGCGCAUUCAUCGAGGAUGUUACAAGUUUGUCACCGAAGAGGAACAUUGGAGCGCCGCUUUAGAACACUGCAGAACUAUUGGUGGAGACUUGACCACAAUUCAGAGCUGGAAGGAGAAAGAGGAGAUCCAGAAAUAUCUAGCAACUGAGAUCCCCGACACCUUGAAAUGGUGGGUAGGAUUGCAGAGAAACAAGACCUCCGAUGGUGCCUGGAAAUGGAUUGACAACAAUGACUUGGAUUCAAAUGUCAUACCCUGGAGCAAUUCAGACCUGAAGACACGCCCUGGGGAGUUAUGUGGCUACGUUGAUAUGGCAACAACAAAGCUUCAGUUCACAGUCACAAGAUGUUCUGCGAACUACCCUUUUAUCUGUGAAUACCACAGCA